GUCCUAAAUCAUGACAACUUGAGGUUUUCAGUAAUUAUUAAAUUCGAGUGAUUGCAGAAUAUGUAACAUUUUUAAAAUCGGCAUCUUAGUCCAAUGUUACAGCUACCGAAAUCAUCAGAUCAUCUUUCUUCUUUACGUGGUAUUCAAUGGAUGAUUUAUGGCCGAUAUUCGCUAUCCCUAUAUUAGACAUCAGCCUGUGGCAAAUCAUGCAGGGCUUUGUAUUAGUUAAUGUCAUAUCAAAGACAGCAAAAGAGUCCGACACACGUGACGACUGCGCGCAAAGUACGAUCACAAGUCACCCAGAUACACGUAUAAUGGGCAAAGGGCAGGACAGCCCAGCAGGAGCAUGGGUCUUGUGUACUCCCGCAGCCUUGUCUGGUAUAAUGCAGAUCACCAAUGGUUAUGCGGUCAUCACCAGAGUGAAGCCUUCAUUGGUAUAUGGAUCGAUGCAUUGAAAAAAGCUCCAUUGAUAGGCCGUUGACUUGAGUAUUUUUUCCCUGUAGGUACACUGGCCCAUUGCGGAUUCACUCCAAAUACUCUUGCGCCGGCGGCUUUCAUUCAAAUGCCCUAAUGCUGAUAUGCCACCCC